GCGAGGCGGGCGGGGCGUGCGUGCGGAGCCUGCGCUCUCAAGAGUCCACGCCUCCUUCGCCUGCCCAUCAUUCCGAUCCCCAGAUUCCGUGCUCCCAUAGAUUGCAGUGCGGAAGCAGGUGUACGAGUCUCUUCGCCGAUUCGGACCCUUGCCCUCCCGCUUCGUGCAAUUCCUCCUUUCUCACGGCUCUGUCACCAUCUCCUCCUCGUCUCGUCUCGUCUCCGAUUGGACGCUCUGGCCUCACCGCGCUCGUGCCUUUUUGCUCGAGGAUUUUCGUUCGGACACUCGCCUUCGGUUUCAUGGUCGGGCUGAUGACCGCCGAUUGUUGCAAUUCGGAUCGAAUUGCUCGAUCGGAUCGCCGAUUUGCUCUCGUCAUGCUCUAACAGCAGGAGAUUGGUCGGGGGCAGUCUGGGGGGAGGAGGAGGCGUUUGUAAUUUUCGCCCGGAGAACGCUCAAUCGCAACUAUGGCAGAAGAGGUAGAGCAGGAGGUCGAGGCUAUGGAGGCCGUGUAUGGCUCAGAUUGCACUGUCUUCCGGGUCUUUCCUCCUCAUUUGAGCAUCUCUAUCAAACCUCGGACAGCUGACGACUUGUGUGUUCAGUUUGUGGAAGCUGUACUCGUCAUCGAAGCUAGUGCCAAGUAUCCAGGUGUUCCACCCAAGUUGGAGCUCAAAGAUGCCAAGGGUUUGGGUGACAGUAGGCAUGGUAAAUUGUUGGAGGAAUUGCAUGUCCAAGCUAAGGAGCUUUCAGGAGAACCAAUGCUAGUGGCUAUCUGCGAGGCAGCAACAGACCUCCUCACUGGCAUGAACGUUCCAGAAGGAGAUUGUUGCUUCUGCAGAGAUCCAUUUGACAUGGACGAUGGAGCCCAGCCCUUCAUGAAGCUAAUGUCAUGUUUUCACUGUUUCCACAGUGAUUGUUUUGGGAAUUGGUGGAGAUGGCUGCAACUGCAAAAUGGCGGACGCAGUGCUGCCAUUGCUACUUCUGACGACGGAGAUAAUGACGAAAGGUCUGAGCAGAGGAACUCUGUUGAAUUUGGAGAUUUUUCAGUCAACUGUCCAGUCUGCCGCAUGAUUGUCACUGCUGAAGACGUUGCUCAUGUGCGAGAAUUUCUCACAGCUGAGUCGAAGUUGCAAAACAGUGAGGAUGAUGCAAGUGUUCCGGAUCUUGUAUUGACUGAAGAAGAGCUGGAAAGGCGUGCUCGUUUUAGCGCUGAGUUUGAAGCUCAACAAGCUCGAGGUGCAAUCAUCGAACCGAAGAAGUUGGAGGUUAUUUUGCCUGGUAUGGUGGUACCUCGCACACCUCAAGUUGAAGAGCAGCCUCCUGUACCAGCAGUUUCCGAAGAGGACCAAGCUUCUCCCUCUUCCAUCACUGAUAGUCCUGUGUCGUCAUCCCCUCAAUUUAGUGGAAUCCGCGGAUUUGAGAGCCAGCAAAGUGGGCAUGGAAGCCCCAAAGGUCAAGGUCAUCAACAACGUGACAAUGGGCAAGGUAGCAGGGUAUCAUUCCGGGGAAGAAGAGGUGGCAGCAGCAGAGGUUCUCACAUGGGAUCCAGGACCUACCAUGGGAGAUCUAAAGUAAAGAAAGACCAUGCUCAAGCCACAAGUGAUCCACCUCGGCAGCACGCACAUGCCUCCAGACACCAACCACGAGGUAUUAGACUAGAUGGAAAUGUCCAAGGAACGCCUGAAACGACUCAAGUUUGAUGGUCAUUAUACUCCGUGAUCUCAAAAGAUCGUGAAACACGAUGCAUGCUAUUGUAGAGUCUCUGAGGAUAGAUGUAAUACCAAAAUUAUGCCGAUGGAAUAUGUUAUUGUAUCCGUGUUAGGUCAAUGUAUUGCUCUGCGGUCGUCUUUUUAAAAUCUCGUACAAUUUUUGGAUAAACCCCGUAAAGCCUCGCAUCACAGAGGCAAGAGGUUUUAACAAGCGGACGUGUGUAUCAACAAUGCCGUUGAUACCGUGAUGCUCUGUCCGGUUCAGAACAAUUUGCAGUGUAUAUCGUAGCCAGUUUUGACAGCUUCAGUAGAUGCAGAAAAAGUAGCUCUUCUAUCUUAGAACACACAGCAAGAAUCAGGUCUGGAGAAUGUCAGCCAAUGCGAUAAGAAGUAGUGUUCACAUUCUCUGCAGAAAAAGUAGCUCUUCUAUUUUAGAACACACACUAAGAAUCAGGUUUGGAGAAUGUCAGCCAAUGCGAUAAGAACUAGUGUUCACAUUCUCUGCAGAAAAAGUAGCUCUUCUAUCUUUAGAACAUACAGUAAGAAUCAGGUCUGGAGAAUGUCAGCGAAGGCGAUGAGAACUAUUGUUUACAGUCUCAGCGCCGAGACCAUGGAAACAAUUCAGACUUGAGGAACUCACAGAAGACACGAGCAUUGUUUGGCCGUUUUAGCGCCCGAAGUCUCUCUUCAAGCUAUUUAUUGUGGCCUGCGGCAGCUUUUGGAAAAUAAGAGAACGUAAAAUUUGUGGUC